GCCAGGGUUAGUGAAGUCCAAAUGGUCAAGUGCAGCAGCUCCAUCUGACAGCCCCGAGAUGCAGCCCAACAUAGCAUCUCCAGGUGUGUCUGGAGUACAAGUUAAGCUACGACCACGUCCUGCAUUGUUUGACGAAGGACCAGCAUCAAGUCCCGGUGCGUCUUCUGAUAGUGGUUCUUCCGAUGUCAGCUAUGUGCCGAGUGGGUCAUCGACAUCGGAUCCGUGCCAAUCUGACGGGCUGCCAGAUGCCACACGUACUCCCAAGAUGCGGGAAGAGGGCGCCCACAAGGAACCGAAGUACAUCAUCUUUGAGUCAUGCCUCCAGAGUCUCAUCGAGGGGUGUCACUGUCCAGCCUGUGGCAGCCAGGACAUAAGCCCUUUUUGGGAUAUGAACGGUACACAGCUGAUCAUGACCAUACAAUGUGCAUCAUGUGACCGGAGGAGUAGGUGGAGCAGCCAGCCAAACAUUGGCCCUCAUGCCGCGGGCAACAUCCUGCUAUCUCCUGGCAUUCUCUUCGCUGGCUCAUCUUCUGGCAAGGUGUUGCAAGUGUUGAACAGCAUCGGAGUGGUCAGGUAUGUGAAGAGAAUUUUUGUCAACCACCAAGAGCUCAUCCUGCAGCCAGCCAUCAAAAAGGUGUGGGAGGAACAGCAACAGACGCACCUCACCAUGAUGCAGGUGGAAGGCCGACCCCUCGUCCUUGGUGGUGAUGGGCGAGCAGACAGUCCGGGACACAGCGCCAAGUUCGGUACAUACACCACAAUGGAGCUAGAGUCCAAUGUGGUUCUCGACCUUCAGGUUGUACAGAGCAACGAAUGUCAUGGCAGCUACCAUAUGGAGAUGGAAGGACUGAAGAGGAUGGUGGAGCUGCUGAUCAGCUGGGACCUUGAUGUCGGGGUGCUGGUGACAGACAGACACAGACAGAUCGCUAAAUGGAUUCGGGAAAACAUGCCCAAUACACGGCACUGCUAUGACAUCUGGCAUGUUGGAAAGUCCAUCGGGAAGAAACUGAAGGCCAUCGUCAAGCUGAAGGACUGUGAAGACCUGAAGCCCUGGGUGCUAAGUAUGAUUAACCACCUCUAUUGGGCAGCAGCGUCUACACCGCCUGGAGAGGGGGAACUUCUGGUUGCCAAGUGGAAGUCUGUGGAGCGACCCAUUCUGAACAUCCACAAGGACCAUGGCGACCUCUUCCCCAUUUGUGCUCAUGGACAACUGCAUGGUAGAAGUAUGCAAAAGCAAUGGCUCAAACCAAGUAAGUAGGCAAAUGGGUUGCCCGAAAGCAGUGAGGGAAUAGCAGUAUUUUCCUGCACAUCUUUUGAAAGUGCCCUGCGAUGAGAUGGCGACUUGUCUAGGGUGUACACCGCCUUCCACCCAAUUGUAGCUGAGGUAGGCACCAGGGAGCAAAAUACUACAGCAGUGGUUCUCAACCUCUUUUCAGUAAUGUACCCCCUGUGAAGGUUUUUUUAAUUCAAGUACCCCCUAAUCAGAGCAAAGCAUUUUUGGUUGGAAAAAAAGAGAUAAAAAAGUAAAAUACAGCACUAUGUCAUCAGUUUCUGAUUUAUUAAAUUGUAUAACAGUGCAAAUAAUUGCAAAUUUGUAGUGGUCUUUCUUGAACUAUUUAGAACAAAAGAUAUAAAAAUAACUACUGAUUCAAUUCUAAAUCAAGAUUUCUACACAUAGAAGUUAUCAUCAACAUAACGUGCCUUCUUUGGGGAUUGUAUUAGAGAUCCAUCUGGAUUCAUGAACUUAAUUCUAGACAUUUCUUCACAAAAAAAAAAUCUUUUACAUCAAUAUUUAUGGAACAUGUCCACCAAAAAAAUCUAGCUGCCAACACUGAAUAUUGCAUUGUUGUAUUUCUUUUCACAGUUUAUGACCUUACAUUCAUAUUUUGUUGAAGGAUUAUUCAAUAAAUAUAUUUAUAAAGGAUUUUUGAAUUGUUGCUACAAAACAGCUUCAUUAUUGCAGGAGAUCAAUCUUUAAUAAACAGUUUAAUACACAAACAUUUGAAUUCAAAUCUACAAACAAUUUAUAAAUUUACACACACAUUGUAUGGACGCAUGACUGAAUAAAGUGUCUUUUAUCUUUUACAGUCCGCACCGAAAAUGUAUGUCUUUUCAUACAUCGGAAUGCUGUGCAGGUAUGUUUCCACACUAAUCUAAGAGUCACUAGUGUGUGCCAUACUUUAGUACUUUUGCAUAUAAUAGAUUGAUUGGCAACACUAAAUGGUCCCUAGUGUGUGAAUGUGGUCUGUCUAU